AUGGACCGUUUUCUUCAAAAGAGUGUCAGAAAGCAGAGCAAUGAUGGAAAGUCUGUUGCCAGUUGCAGCAAAAGAUGUAUUGCCAGCGAAGAUUCAAGUAACAAUAAAAAGCCAAGAAACCGGAAAUAUGAUCCAAAAUAUUUGGAAUAUGGCUUUACAUGGGCUGGCUCAGAGGAAGCACCACGUCCACAGUGUGUGGUGUGUGGUGAAGUUCUUGCUAAAGAGAGCUUAAAACCGUCAAAAAUGAUCAGGCACCUACAGACAAAGCACAGUUCUCUACAAACCAAACCGCUUGAUUAUUUUAAACGAAAAUUGAGGGAACUACGCGGCCAAAAAACCGUACUAAAAGGUGCAGUUACAGUUAAUGAGAAAGCACUUGAGGCCUCAUUUGUGGUGUCAUACUGGAUAGCCAAAACAGGUAAACCCCACAACAUUGGAGAAAGCUUUUUUCUACCUUGUGCCAAAGAAAUGGUUUGUAUUAUGCUUGGGCAAAAUGCUGCUACUCAGCUUGAUUUGAUCCCCCUGUCUAAUGACACUAUAGCUAGGCGAAUUCAUAGUAUGGCAAAAGACGUGACAGAGCAAGUCACCAACAUGGUUAAGCAAAGUGCUUUUUUUGCCAUUCAGAUUGAUGAAACGACAGAUGUGUCGGGGUCUGCUCAGAUGCUGACCUACAUAAAAUUUGAAAAUGAUCAAAAACUACAUGAGGAAUUUUUUUUCUGCCAGCCUCUACCGCAACGUGCUACUGGGGAACAGCUUUUUUCACUUCUGGAUACUUUUGUCACUAACUCUGGAUUGGAAUGGCUGCGCUGUGUAGGAAUUUGUAGUGACGGUGCUCGGGCAAUGACUGGAAACAACAGUGGGCUAGUGACCAGAGUGCAAGCUGUUGCACCACAAGCAGUCUGGACUCACUGCAUUAUACACAGGCAAGCCCUUGUUGCAAAAAAAAUGCCACCUAUUCUAAAACAAGUCCUUGAUGAAGCUGUACGCACAGUAAACUUCAUUAAGAGCAGUGCAACAAGUGCACGCCUAUUCAGAGUUUUGUGUGAGGAGAUGGGAGCUGAGCACCAUCAGUUACUUUACCACACAGAAGUACGCUGGUUGUCACGGGGAAAUGUGGUCAACCGUUUAUUUGAGCUUAGGGACGAAGUACAUUUUUUUCUUUCAGACAGAGAUUCCAUGCUGGCUGAAAAUUUUUUAGAUGCCAAGUGGCUUGCUAUGCUAGCUUACCUAGCAGACAUUUUUGACCGGUUAAAUGUGCUAAAUACCUCCCUCCAAGGACAAGAAAUGACAGUUUUUUCAUCCACUGACAAGAUUGAAAGUUGGAUCAAGAAGCUGUCCUUGUGGUACACUCGUGUAGAAAGUGGUAAUUUUGAAGCAUUUCCUUUGUUGGAUGAUUUUUUGCAUGACAAUGAUCUUCCAAAACAUGAUUUGAAACCUGUUAUCAUCAGCCAUCUGGAGAGCCUCCAACAGCAAUUUCGUCAGUACUUUCCUGAAAAGGAUCGAAAAGCAGAAGCGUGGAUUAGGAAUCCCUUCAGUGCUGAAGCGACUGCAAAUGCUUGUUUGCCACUUUCAGUGGCUGAAAAAUUGAUUGAUCUCUCCUGUGAUGAGACACUGAAUCUGAGAUACUCUGAACAACCUCUUGCAAACUUCUGGAUCUCGGUUCAACAGGAAUACCCAGACCUGUCAUCUGCUGCAUUGAAGGUGCUGACGCCGUUUACAUCUACCUACCUUUGUGAAGCUGGAUUUUCAGCUUUAACAUUACUGAAAAAUAGGUACAGAUCCCGUCUCGCUGUUGAAGAUGACAUUCGCCUUUAUCUCAGUCACACAAAACCCCGUUUCAAGAAUUUGUGUUCAACACUACAAGCUCACCCAUCCCAUUAA